CUGGCUGUGCAGCAUUGAGAGUGAGUGCCACUGACUGAAAGCGACAUCCAGAAACGUCUUCAGCAAAUUGGUGAGGUGUGAAGGACGCAAUCUAGGAGCGGUAAUUUCAGCACACGAGCACUUCUUCCACCUACUUUUCCUUCAAGCUCUGGCCUCGCCGAUCAGCUGCACGAACUAUCACCGGUGAAAUCAUGGCGUUCUCCGCCACUGCACAGAGGGCGGCCUUGGCACAGGGAUUUGCUACCAGCAUCCCAAGCGCUGAUCAGCCCUCCAAGGCCUCUUUUGCCGCAUUCUCCGGCUUCAGACCUGUAGCCCUCAAAAAGGCAGCACUUGACCUCCAUUCCGCCAAGCCCGCUAGGGUGAGCAUGCAGGCAGUGGCCACCAAGGCCUCUGCAUUUGAGAGCAUCACUCAGGCGCCCCCUGACCCCAUUCUUGGGGUUUCAGAAGCCUUCAAGGCCGAUACUAGUUCUGACAAGCUCAACCUUGGAGUUGGUGCUUACAGAACAGAGGAUAUCAAGCCUUAUGUGUUGGAUGUUGUGAAGAAGGCUGAGAAGCUGAUGCUUGAGAAUGGAGAGAACAAGGAGUACCUCCCGAUCGAGGGGCUAGCGGACUUCAACAAGGCCACCGUUGCACUGCUUCUGGGAAGCGACAACAAGGCCGUUAAGGAUGGGAGGGUCGCCACCAUCCAGAGUCUGUCCGGCACCGGUUCCCUCCGGUUGGGCGCGGCUUUCCUGGCGCGCUUCUACCCCGGGCGGACCGUCUUCCUCUCCAACCCGACGUGGGGCAACCACAAGAACAUCUUUGCGGACGCUGGCGUCGAGUGGAAGGAGUACCGCUACUUCAACCCGGCCACCAUCGGGCUCGACUUCGAGGGCAUGAUGGCGGAUAUUGAGGCUGCCCCCAAUGGCUCUGUGAUCGUGCUCCACGGCUGCGCCCACAACCCUACCGGCAUCGACCCCACUCCCGAGCAGUGGUCCAAGAUCGCCGACCUCAUCGAGAAGAAGAACCACCUGCCCUUCUUCGACGUUGCCUACCAGGGCUUCGCCAGCGGCAGCCUGGACGAGGACGCUGCGUCCGUGCGGUUGUUCGUCGAGCGCGGCUUUGAGCUGCUGGUCGCGCAGUCGUACAGCAAGAACCUCGGCCUGUACGCGGAGCGGAUAGGGGCGCUCAACGCCGUGCUGCCAACCGCCGACCUGGCCACCAAGGUGAAGAGCCAGCUGAAGCGGCUGGCGCGCGCGCUCUACUCCAACCCGCCCGUCCACGGCGCGCGCAUCGUCGCGUACGUGGUUGGCAACAACGACAUCUUCGACGAGUGGAAGCAGGAGAUGGCGGGCAUGGCGGGGCGCAUCCAGGCGGUGCGCGCCACGCUCGUGGAGGAGCUCAAGAAGCGCGACACCAAGGGCCGGGACUGGUCCUUCAUCACCAGCCAGAUCGGCAUGUUCUCCUUCACCGGCCUCAAGCCCGCGCAGGUAGAAAACAUGACCAAGAAGUGGCACGUGUACAUGACCAAGGACGGCAGGAUCAGCUUGGCGGGUCUAAACAAGGCCAGAGCCGGAUACCUGGCCGAUGCAAUGAUCGAUUCGUUUGACAACUUCUAGAGGUCUUUUCGAGCAGUAUUCGAGAAGUUCGAACGAUUUUGUCAGGAGGGACGUACGUGUUGAUCAGGGAUUUAAGGUCAGGAAGGCUCGGCAGCUGCAUUGCAGUCGGUUUCAGGCAAUAGAAAGCAUAGAUAGUUCUACGAUCAUAGAGCGUCCGCGGACGAUCUAACAGCAUGAAAAUGGAACAGGGUCACCUACGAUAUAGUUAAGGCAUUGCAGGUAAAGAAGUUUUCAUACCGAGUCAACCUGGAAUGUGCAAGUAUGUUGCCGGUGGCGAUAGACAAUAAGCCAGAUCAAGCCCCAAUUAUCGCUUGCUUCUUCCUGCUUGCACUUUGCUAUACCCGCCUCCUUUCACC